UAGCUUUUUAUUUAAUAAUUAAACAAAUUUAGGAAAAUAUGUAAAGUUCUAUCCAAUGAUAAAAAAUAUAUAUAUAAAAACCCUAAAAGUUCAGCGUCCUUUUAGUUGGUGUUUUGGCGUCUGAACUGUGAGCAAAAAACAACUAAUCCAGAUUAACAUCAACUUCACAACUAUAAUUCUUCCAAGGAUUGUUCUUCGAUUCGUGGAAUUUCGAUAAGUGAAGAGUAGAUGGAGGAUUGGGAGGAUGAGAUUCCACCUCUCCUUACAAAGGAGCAACCUAAAAGCAAAUGGGAUGAUGAAGAUGUUGAUGAUAAUGAUGUCAAGGAAUCAUGGGAGGACGAAGAUGAACCUCCUCAGCAACCUGUAGCAAAAGCUCCUGAAGAGAAGGACCCCAAAAAAACUGCAUCAAAAGCUACUGAAAAAAAAGGGAAAACUAUUAAAGUGGCUAAGGAAGAGCCCUUUGAUUCCGUGGCCGAGAAACUUCACCGACAACGGCUUGUAGAAGAAGCUGAUUACAGGUCCACUACUGAACUUUUCGCCAAGAAAGGUGAUGACAAGACUCUUGAUAAUUUUAUUCCCAAAUCUGAAAGUGACUUCGCGGAAUAUGCUGAGCUUAUUUCUCAUAAGCUUCUGCCAUAUAAGAAAAGUUACCAUUAUAUGGCACUACUCAAGGCAGUGAUGAGACUAUCAAUGACUUCUCUGAAAGCAGCUGAUGCCAAAGAUAUUGCAUCUUCAAUCACAGCAAUUGUAAAUGAAAAGCUAAAAGCAGAGAAAGAAGCCACAAGUAAAAAGAAGACAGGUGGCAAGAAAAAACAGCUCCAUGUUGAUAAACCAGAUGAUGAUUUGGUUGUUAAUGCUUAUGAUGAUAUGGAUGAGGAUGACUUUAUGUGAUUCAUUUAGGCAAAUGCCACCUUGUUCUAGUGUUUGCAAUAGGGAUCCUGUGUUAACUGCAGCAGCAAUGUAGAGGUGGAUACGGCGGCUCUUUUCCUUUUUCCUUUUUUUUUUUUUUUUCCCAAUUCUUGGAGAAAUUUAGUUGUCUGGUGAACAGCCAUAAUAUGGAGGAUAGUGUUACAUGAAGGAUUGGGUUAAACUUCAGAAGCAAAGUCAUCUAGAUAGUUUUGGGCGGUUUUCAGUGUGUUACCUUUAAAAUUCAAAUGAUGUUUUGAUUUAGGGUGAGAACAGUUUCUAUUGUAAGAAUAUACAAUUAUACUAUUUGUUUGUGCAUUAUGAGAACUAGUUGUUCAGCAUGAUUUAAUAA